CUCCGUGAAUUUCAAAAUGCACAAACAAUGGUAUUUGCUAUUGAGGAAAUCAACAACAGAACAGAUAUUCUUCCUGAGGUCAAAUUAGGUUAUAAAAUCUAUGAUUCAUGUGGGUCAAUAGAAAUGACCACAAGAGCCUCCUUGUCUUUAGUUAAUGGAAAUGGAAAAAAUACAUCUGUAAUAUCUUGCUCCAAACCUGAUACAGUUCAAGCAAUAAUAGGACAAACAUCCUCCAGUCCCUCUAUUGCCAUUUCUGCUACUGUGGGACCUUUGCACAUACCUGUGGUCAGUCACUUUGCAACAUGUGCAUGCUUAAGUGACAAAAAGAAAUACCCAUCUUUCUUCAGAACUGUUUCCAGUGAUUACUACCAGAGCAGAGCUUUAGCUAGGUUGGUCAGGCAUUUUGGCUGGACAUGGGUAGGUGCCGUAUGCAGUGAUAAUGACUAUGGGAACAAUGGCCUAAAUGAAUUUAUCAUUGCAGCCAAAGAAGAGGGCAUCUGUGUUGAGUAUUCCAAGCCAUUCUUUAGGACAGAUCCCAGAGAGAAAAUUCUGAGACUAGUUGAUAUAAUAAAGGCUUCAACCUCCAAAGUUAUUGUAGCUUUUGUCUCAUAUUCUGACAUUGGAGUUCUUUUUAAAGAAAUGGCCUUACAGAACUUGACUGGUUUUCAGUGGAUUGGAAGUGAGUCCUGGAUCUCUGAUAUGAAUACAGCUAAUGCUGAAUGGCAACAUAUUCUGAAAGGAUCAAUGGGCUUUGCUAUCCCAAAAGCUGAAAUCAAUGGCCUACGGGAAUUCCUGACCAAUCUUAGUCCGAGUUCUGGUGUAGCUCUUUACCAAGAGGUGUGGGAGACAAUAUUUGACUGUAAAUUUCCCACACAAGACAAUGUUGAGAUAAAACAUAUAUGCAAAGGCAAUGAAAAUCUUAAUCAGGUCCAAAACCAUUAUACAGAUGUUUCAGAGCUACGACUUGCACAUAAUGUUUACAAGGCUGUAUAUGCUGUGGCUUAUGCCUUGCAUAACAAAUAUAGCUGUUCUAAGAGGGACAGUGAACAAGAAGGUCCUACAGCAUGUGUGAACAUAACAGAUAAUAAACCAUGGCAGGUACUCAAUGAGUUGAAGAAACUCCAUUUCACCUCUACAAUCGGAGAGGAUGUAUACUUUGAUGAGAAUGGAGAUCCAGCAGCGAGGUAUGAACUGCUAAACUGGCAACAAGGAAAAGAUGGUAAAAUAGUGUUUGUUAAAGUGGGCUUCUAUGAUGCCUCGCUGCAAGCACACCUUCAACUGUCAUUUAAUAACAUCAGUAUAGUCUGGGCCCACAAUAAACCACAGGUGCCGGUCUCAGUGUGUAGUCCAAGUUGUCACACAGGCACCAGGAAGGCUGUGCAGAAAGGAAGGCCAAUCUGUUGUUUUGACUGUAUACCAUGUGCAGAGGGAGAAAUCAGUAAUAUAACAGAUUCUAUAUCUUGCAUCAAGUGUCCACCUGAACUGUGGUCCAAUGACAGGAAAGAUGCCUGUGUCUUAAAGCUGGUGGAAUUCCUGUCAUAUGAAGAGAUAAUGGGAAUUAUUCUUGUAUCAUUUUCUUUGUUAGGAGUUUUGAUCACCAUCUGUAUUUCUGUAAUUUUCUUUAAACACAAGGACACACCAAUUGUUAGAGCAAAUAAUUCUGAACUGAGCUUCCUGCUGCUCUUCUCUCUCACUCUGUGUUUCCUCUGUUCACUUACAUUCAUUGGUCAGCCCUCUCACUGGUCCUGUAUGCUGCGCCACACAGCAUUUGGGAUCACCUUUGUCCUCUGUAUCUCCUGUGUUCUGGGGAAAACAGUAGUUGUGUUAAUGGCCUUCAGGGCUACACUUCCAGGCAGUAAUGUCAUGAAAUGGUUUGGGCCUCUACAACAGAGACUCAGUGUUCUUGCUUUCACUCUUGUACAGGUCAUUAUUUGUGUACUUUGGUUAACAAUAGACCCUCCUUUCCCCUACAAAAAUAUGAAAUACUACAAGGAAAAGGUCAUAUUAGAAUGUCAUGUAGGCUCAGUUAUAGGUUUCUGGGCAGUGCUGGGUUAUAUUGGACUCUUAGCUCUUUUGUGUUUUAUCUUGGCUUUUCUGGCCCGGAAGUUGCCUGACAAUUUUAAUGAAGCCAAAUUCAUCACAUUCAGCAUACUUAUAUUCUGUGCAGUUUGGAUCACAUUUAUUCCUGCUUAUGUCAGCUCUCCUGGAAAAUUCACUGUAGCUGUAGAGAUAUUUGCCAUUUUAGCAUCAAGCUUUGGUUUAUUAUUCUGCAUAUUUGUCCCAAAGUGCUAUAUAAUCAUACUGAAACCAGAAAAAAACACUAAAAAGCAAAUGAUGGGGAAAGCACCUACUCGUUAA